AUGUUCUCUUCCGUUACCGGUGGCUGGCGCUGGAUCGUCGGCCUGGGGAUUAUCCCGGCACUCCUACAAUUUGCUAUUGUUGUCUUCCUCCCAGAAACUCCGCGCUGGCUUGUCCAGGCAGGGCUCGACACGCGAGCAAUGGAUGUUCUGGCCAAGGUCUACCAGGAGCAUCCCGAUUGCGUCCAAAUUACCAAGCGCAUCCUCCGUGACAUACAGCAGGAAGUAGCCGAGGAGGAGGAGGAGCUUGGCCAUAGCUCCCACGAUUCGGGAACUAAGUUUCAGUGGGCGAAGAACGUCUUGCAAACAUCCCGGGAUCUCUUCCUUGUGGGCGGGAAUCGGCGAGCUUUGACUAUUGCAAUGAUGUUGCAAGGCCUUCAGCAGCUCUGCGGGUUCAACAGUCUCAUGUACUUCAGCGCGACGAUCUUUUCGAUUCUGUCCUUCUCAUCGCCGACACUCACCUCGCUCUCCGUGGCCCUGACCAACUUUAUUUUCACGUUGCUUGCGUUCUCCCUUAUUGACAGAAUCGGGCGUCGUCGCAUACUUCUCUACUCGAUACCCGUCAUGACGCUAUCUCUCCUCGUUUGUGCAAUGAUUUUUUCGUCCUUGGAUAUACCCAAGUCCGCCUUUGGGCCGCAAGCCCGAACAGAAGAAGAUACCCACAGCUCGCUGCUUCCACUUGGAAUUUUACUCUGCCUCACCGUCUAUACAGCUUCAUACGCCUUUGGAUUGGGCAAUGUCCCAUGGCAACAGUCAGAGCUGUUCCCGUUGAAUGUCCGUUCCAUCGGAUCUGCGCUGGCCACGGCAACGAACUGGGGCUCGAAUUUCGUCGUGGGUCUGACGUUUCUGCCCAUGAUGGAGUUCUUAUCCCCGGGAUGGACCUUUGCUGCCUACGCAGUUGUCUGCUUCGUUGGCUGGUUUGGAGUAGGACUGUUGGUGAAGAAUCAUAUUCAAGCCCAAUCGUCUAAAAUAAUCCAACGCAUCGCCUACCUCCUCCCCACCGACUCCGACAUCGCACACUUCUCAUCAUGCUGCAAAUCGCUCGCCGAGCAGACCAUCCCAGCUGAAUCCUCCAUCUGGAGACAGAGAUUCGGCGACAUCUACGAUACACCGCCGGACAGGAGCUCGGCCGAGCUCAAGGUCGAGUAUCAGAUCCGGGCGGUCGUGCUCGCGCAGUCUAUUAGUUUCAAGCAGGGAGAGAAGGAGUCGCAGACGCUGUGGUUGACUGUGCUCCGGGACAUGAUUCUGGAGUCGUUUCAUCUGGCUGGGCAGAAGACAGACGGGGGUGCGAAAACGCUUAGGCGGAUUCGCGAGGCGCUCAGGGAUUCGGAGUUUCUUAAUAGGCCUGUUUCGGGGCAUGGGUUGAAGCAGCUGGAGAGACCGUCGGAGUUGUUUUGUGCGGUGCAGUUGAGUCUGACCGGCGUGGCCUUGGAUCCGGAUAUGUCUGUGCAGUGUCUCCGGACAGACUACGACAUCGGAUCGGUCUACUCCUACCGGUCUGAAUAUGACCGCGUGAUACUGGCGGGGCUGUUAGAUAUGGACCCCUUGGACAUACAAAGGCUCCUGCACAUUCGGAAUUUCUGGCUGCGACAUUUGCUGAACCCGGUCGAGGCGACCUUCCACGCAUCGUACGCCAAGUUGGCUCCAGAACACAGGCCUGCAGCUCUUACGAAGAACGAUAGCCCUGUCCUCGAAACGCAGUGGCUGGGCUAUUACUGUCAGUCAUCGAAGAACCCUCAAGCCCUCUGGUGA